AGCGUUCCAAUGGGUUUCAAACUUGGUGUUCGAUUAAAUACACUAAGGGUGUUUGUUUCACGUGUUUACUCAAACCCCUUUAAUACUGAUAAUGCUGUACUGCACAGCAAAUGGUUCAUGUGUUGCUGACUUGUUGUUAAAAAUAGGACUUAGCUUCUUAUCCUAGCUAUCUCUGUUAUAUACAGGGAAUGGGUUAACCUAGUGAUUGCUACUGUACCGAGUCCCGACAGUCAUAUUUUGUUUUCUUUCUUCUGACAUAUUGUAAGUCGCUUUGGAUAAAAGCGUCUCCUAAACGUAAAUGUAAUUAUCCUUUAAUUUGUAGUUGGGAAUUUUUUUAUUUGGAUCAAGGAAUAAUUGUAUAAUAUCUUGCCUGUAUAAUGCAGACAUUAUUUACACCUUGUGUUCAGUGCAGUGUAUUCAGAUGUAGAUCAGAGUUUUAGACGUGAGGAGGGGUCAGUGUGCGUACUAUGUCCGCUCACUGUCUGGACUUUGUCUCUGGGAUCAGGACUUCUCCGGAGUUCCAAAAGCUGCUUGGCAUCGCCAUGGAGAUGUUUCUUCUCUGCAGCGACGACAGCGAAUCGGACGUCAGGAUGGUGGCUGACGAGUGCCUGAACAAGAUCAUAAAGGCUCUGAUGGACUCCAACCUCCCCAGACUCCAGCUGGAGCUGUACAAAGAGAUUAAGAAGAACGGGGCCUCGCGGAGCCUGAGGGCGGCUCUCUGGAGGUUCGCUGAGCUCGCCCACCUCAUCAGGCCACAGAAGUGCAGACCCUACCUGGUGAACCUGCUGCCCUGCCUGACCCGGAUCACCAAACGCCAGGAGGAGACGGUGCAGGAGACCCUCGCCGCCGCCAUGCCCAAGAUCAUGGCCGCGCUCGGACAGUUCGCCAACGACGGGGAGAUCAAGGUGCUGCUGAAGUCGUUUGUGGCCAACCUGAAGGUCAGCUCUCCCACCAUCCGACGCACGGCCGCUAGCUCGGCCGUGAGCGUGUGUCAGCAGUCCAGACGGCCCAGCUACUUCUACACCUGGCUGCUCAACGUGCUGCUGGGCCUGCUGGUGCCGGUGGACGAGGAGCACCCGAGCCACCUGAUCCUGGGCGUGCUGCUGACGCUGCGCUACCUGCUGCCGCUGCUGCAGCAGAACAUCAACGGGCCCAGCCUGAAGGGCAGCUUCGGCGUGAUGAGGAAGGAGGUGGACGUCCAGCCCACGCCGGAGCAGCUGCUGCAGGUGUACGAGCUGACCCUCCACUACACGCAGCACCGCGACCACAACGUGGUCACGGCGGCGCUGGAGCUGCUGCAGCAGAUGUUCCGGACUCCGCCCCCGGAGCUGCUGCACAUGCUCAUCACGCCCGGCAGCAUCCCGCACGCCGGCGUGUUCCGGCAGGACGCCGAGGGCCGCGCGCGCUCCGGCAGCAUCGGGGAGUUCAUCGGCAAGAUGCUGUCUGGGGAGGAGGACGGGCUGGAGGACGACCCCGAGAGAGCAGACCUCCCCUCUGGCUCCUUCACAGCGGCGGUGGUGGGGGCCGACAGCGCGCCGGCCCCCCAGGCGGACAUCAUCACGGAGCAGCCUCGCUCCUCCCAGCACAGCCUGCAGCCGGGCGACUCGGUGGACCUCAGCGCCGCGGAGCAGGCCGGGGGCGGGGCCGGGGGCGGGGGCGGGGCCGGGACCUCCCCCUCGGGGACCCCCGAGUCCCCCAGCGGCCCCGACGAGGACAUGCUCAGCCGCAGCUCCAGCGGGGGGGCCAACGUGACCCCGGAGACGGCGGACUACACCACGCCCGAGAGCGCCACGCCCGAUAGGGGGCCGCUGGGGGACGGCGGUGGGGGGGCGGAGCCCGGCGACUGCUCGCUGGCGCCCAGCGACUCAUCCCAGACGACCACGGAGGGGCCGGACUCGGCCGUCACGCCCUCGGACGUCGCGGAGCUGGUAUUGGACGGCAGUGACAGCCAGUACUCGGGGAUGCAGAUCGGAACCUUGCAGGAUGAGGAAGACGACGGCACCGCCCCCGUCCACAGCGACCCCCCAGAACCCUUCUCCCACUCCAUACUGGCUCUGAGCAAGCCUCACCUGCUGGACGGCAGAGGACACAACAGGCAGGGCUCGGACAGCAGUGUGGACCGCUUCGUACCGAAGGAAGAGCCGACAGAACCCGAACCGGAGAACAAGCCCUCGAGGAUCAAGGGUCCUAUUGGCCACUACACGGACCAGGGGGCGGAGCCUCUGGUGCACUGUGUCCGCCUCCUCUCCGCCUCCUUCCUCCUGACUGGACAGAAGAAGGGUCUGGUGCCGGACAAGGAGGUGCGUGUGAGCGUGAAGGCGCUGGCGGUGAGCUGCGUGGGGGCGGCGGCCGCUCUGCUCCCCGAGGCCUUCUUCAACGCCCUGUACCUGGAGCCGCUGGGCGGGGUCCCGGCCGACGAGCAGCAGUACAUCAGUGACGUGCUGGAGCUGGUGGACCACGCGGACCCCCAGAUCCGGGGGGCCACGGCCAUCCUCUGCGGGGCCAUCCUGCAGGCGGUGCUCAUCAAGACGCGCUACAACAUGCACAGCUGGCUGGCCGGCGUGCAGAAGGCAACGGGUAACCCUCUGUCCCUGGUGGACCUGGUGCCUCUGCUCCAGAAGACCCUGAAGGACGAGUCGUCUGUCACCUGCAAGCUGGCCUGCUCCGCCGUCAGGCACUGCCUCAUGACGCUCUGCAGCAGCACUCUGAGCGAGCUGGGCCUGCAGCUGCUCAUCAACCUCCUAGCCCUGAGGGACUGCUCCUAUUGGCUGGUCAGGACGGAGCUCCUGGAGACCCUGGCCGAGAUGGACUUCCGGUUAGUGAACUACCUGGAGAGGAAGACUGAAGCAUUACACAAAGGAGACCAUCACUACACUGGGCAUCUGUGUCUGCAGGACCGGGUCCUGAACAGUGUGGUGAUCCACCUGCUGGGAGACGAUGACCACAGAGUGAGGCACGUGGCCGCCUCCAUCAUCAGCAGGCUGGUGCCGCGGCUGUUCUUCGACUGCGACCAGGGCCAGGCGGACCCCGUGGUGGCCAUCGCCCGGGACCAGAGCUCCGUCUACCUGCAGCUGCUGAUGCACGAGACCCAGCCCCCGUCACACUUCACCGUCAACACCAUCACCAGGACGUAUCGCGGCUACGACCUGUCCACGGGCCUGUCGGACGUCACCAUGGAGAACAACCUGUCCAGGGUCGUCACGGCCGUGUCCCACGCCCUCACCUCGUCCACCUCCAGAUACCUCACCUUCGGGUGCGUAGAGGCCCUGUGUCUCCUGGCCUCCACCUUCCCGGUGUGCAGCUGGAGCACCGGCUGGCACUGCGGCUACGUCAGCUCCAGCGCCAGCUACUCCUCCCGCUCCGGCCUGAACCGCGCCCGGAGCCGCACGCUGAGUCUGUCCCAGCCUGGUGGGGCCCCCGCGGCCCCCGGCUCCUCGGCGGCCCCGGAGCCCGAGCGGAGGACCCUGACGGUGGGCGUGGCCAACAUGGUUCUGUCCCUGCUGACGUCGGCCUGGUUCCCCCUGGACCUGUCGGCCCACCAGGACGCCCUGCUGCUGGCCGGCAGCCUGCUCGCCGCGGCCGCGCCCAAGUGCAUGCGCAGCCCCUGGGCCGGGGAGGAGGAGGGGGGGGCGGGCGGGGCGGGCCCCAACGCCGGCGGCCCCGCCCACAAGCCGGAGGAGCCCUGGGCCGCGCUGUCGGAGCGCUCCCUGGUGGCCAUGUUGGAGCAGCUCUUCUCCCACCUGCUCAAGGUGCUCAACAUCUGCGCCCACGUGCUGGACGACACGCCCCCCGGACCUGCUGUCAAGGCCACCCUGCCCUCGCUGGCCAACACCCCCUCCCUCAGCCCCAUCCGGAGGAAGGGGAAGGAGAAGGACCCCAUCGAGCCCAGCAUCACCCCCAUGAGCCCCAAGAAGGGCAGCGAGCCCAGCACGGGACGGCCGGGCGACGGUACCGGCCCCCCGGGUGUCAGCAAGUCCAGCACCAUCGGCAGCUUCUACCACCUGCCCCCCUACCUCAAGCUCUACGACGUCCUCAAGGCCACGCACGCCAACUACAAGGUGACGCUGGACCUCCACAGCAGCCAGGAGAAGUUCGGGGGUUUCCUGCGCUCUGCGCUAGACGUGCUGUCCCAGCUGCUGGAGCUGGCCACGCUCCACGACAUCGGCAAGUGUGUGGAGGAGAUCCUGGGCUACCUCAAGGCCUGCUUCCUGAGGGAGCCCACCAUGGCCACCCUGUGCGUCCAGCAGCUGCUGAAGACUCUGUUCGGCACCAACCUGGCCUCCCAGUACGACGGGGCGCUGAGCGGGCCCAGCCGCUCCCAGGGGAAGGCCCUCCGGCUGGGCUCCUCCAACCUGCGGCCGGGCCUCUACCACUACUGCUUCAUGGCGCCCUACACGCACUUCACCCAGGCCCUCGCCGACGCCAGCCUCAGGAACAUGGUGCAGGCGGAGCACGAGCAGGACGCGUCCGGGUGGUUCGAUGUGAUGCAGAAAGUGUCCAAUCAGCUGAGGUCUAGCAUCACCAACGUGACGCGGCAGAGAGGAGACAAGAACGCCAUCCACAACCACAUCCGUCUGUUCGAGCCGCUGGUGAUCAAGGCCCUGAAGCAGUACACCACCAGCACGUCCGUGGCCCUGCAGAGGCAGGUCCUGGACCUGCUGGCCCAGCUCGUCCAGCUCCGCGUCAACUACUGCCUGCUGGACUCGGACCAGGUGUUCAUCGGCUUUGUCCUGAAGCAGUUUGAGUUCAUUGAAGUCGGCCAGUUCCGGGACUCUGACGCGGUGAUCCCCAACAUCUUCCUGUUCCUGGUGCUGCUGUCGUACGAGCGCUACCACUCCAAGCAGAUCAUCAGCAUCCCCAAGAUCAUCCAGCUGUGUGACGGCAUCAUGGCCAGCGGCAGGAAGGCCGUCACCCACGCGAUCCCGGCCUUGCAGCCCAUCGUCCACGACCUGUUCGUGCUGCGCGGCUCCAACAAGGCGGACGCGGGCAAGGAGCUGGAGACGCAGAAGGAGGUGGUGGUGUCCAUGCUGCUGAGGCUCAUCCAGUACCACCAGGUGUUGGAGAUGUUCAUCCUGGUCCUCCAGCAGUGUCACAAGGAGAACGAGGACAAGUGGAAGAGGCUGUCGCGGCAGAUCGCCGACGUCAUCCUGCCCAUGAUCGCCAAGCAGCAGAUCCACCUGGACUCCCCCGAGGCUCUGGGCGUGCUCAACACCCUCUUCGAGACGGUGGCCCCCUCCUCCCUCCGGCCCGUCGACAUGCUGCUGAAGAGCAUGUUCACCACCCCCGCUACCAUGGCCUCGGUCUCCACGGUCCAGCUGUGGGUGUCCGGUAUCCUGGCCGUGCUGCGGGUGCUGAUCUCCCAGUCCACCGAGGACAUCGUCCUGUCCCGCGUCCACGAGCUCUCCCUGUCCCCCGCGCUGCUGGGCUGCCCCACCAUCCGGGCCCUCCAUCAGCACGGGCCCCCCCAGCCCGGGGCCGUCCCCGCCGCCGCCGUCGCCCCCGGCAACCAGGAGGCGGGCGGGGAGGUGGCUGUGAGGGCCCAGCCCGAGGAGACGUUUGCCAGGUUCCUCCUCCAGCUGGUGGGGGUGCUGCUGGAGGACAUCUCGUGCCGCCAGGUGAAGGUGGACAUGACGGAGCAGCAGCACACCUUCUACUGCCAGCAGCUGGGCACCCUGCUCAUGUGCCUCAUCCACAUCUUCAAGAGCGGGAUGUUCCGGCGCAUCACGGCGGCGGCGUCCCGCCUCCUGAAGGGGGAGGGGCCCUGCGUGGGCGGGGAGGCGGGGGCCUUCUACUCGCUGGACGCCCUGAACGCCCGGGUCCAGGGCCUGACCACCACCCACCCCGCCCUGGUGCUGCUCUGGUGCCAGGUGCUGCUCAUCAUCAACUACACCAACUACUCCUGGUGGGCCGAGGUGCACCAGACCCCCAGGGGCCACAGCCUGUCCUGCACCAAGCUGCUCAGCCCCCACUCCUCCGGGGAGGGCGAGGACGAGAAGCCCGAGUGGCGUCUGGCCAUGAUCAACAGGGAGGUGGUCCGCAGGGGCGCGCUCGUCCUCUUCUGUGACUACGUGUGUCAGAACCUCCACGACUCUGAGCACCUCACCUGGCUGAUCGUGAACCACGUCAGCGACCUCAUCAGCCUGUCCCACGAGCCGCCGGUGCAGGACUUCAUCAGCGCCGUGCACCGCAACUCGGCCGCCAGCGGCCUCUUCAUCCAGGCCAUCCAGUCGCGCUGCGACAACCUCUCCACGCCCACCAUGCUGAAGAAGACCCUGCAGUGCCUGGAGGGGAUCCACCUCAGCCAGUCGGGCUCCCUGCUGAUGCUGUACGUGGACAAGCUGCUCAGCACGCCCUUCAGGGUGCUGGCCCGCAUGGUCGACACGCUGGCCUGCCGCCGCGUCGAGAUGCUGCUGGCAGAGACGCUGCAGAACAGCAUCGCCCAGCUGCCAACGGAGGAACUGGACCGGCUCCAGGACUACCUCCAGUCCAGCGGGCUGGCCCAGAGGCACCAGAGGUUCUACUCUCUGCUGGACAGGUUCCGAGCCACUGUUGCCGAGGAGACCACUAGCCCCGCCCCCCCGGUGACGUCACACCCCCUGGACGGUGAUCCGCCACCUGCCCCGGAACUGGUCGUCGCCGACAAGGAGUGGUACGUGAACCUGGUGAAGUCCCAGUGCUGUCUGGCCGGGGACGGCUCGCUGCUGGAGACCACCGAGCUGCUCACCAAGCUGCCCGCCGCCGACCUCUCCAGCAUCAUGAGCUGCAAGGACUUCAACCUGAGCCUGCUCUGCCCCUCCCUGAGCGUGGGCAGGCAGCGGCUGGCCAGGGGUCAGGGGUCGUUGCUCAUGGAGACGGCGCUGCAGGUCACCCUGGAGCAGCUGGCGGGCGUCACCCAGGCACUUCCUGUCCCCCACCAGUCCUUCCUGCCGCCCACCAGUCCGACCCAACCCGAGCCCUACUGGGACCAGUUGGCUGAAGUUUACGGCGAGCCAGGGUUCUUCCCCAGGGUGCUCUCGCUGUGCCGGGCGCUGUCCCAGUACCUGCUGAGUGUCAGCAGGCUGCCAGCCUCGCUGCACAUCCCCGUCGACAAGGAGCACCUCAUCACCGUCUUCACGGUCACGGCCACCGAGCUGAUGGCGUGGCGGCUGCUCCAGGACGCGCUGCCCAUCAGCGUGGACCUCCAGUGGGGGCUGGCCGCCCUCUGCCUCGCCCUGCAGCAGCCCUGCGUGUGGAGCCGCCUGGCCAGCCCCGAGUACACCUCCCACACCUGCUCCCUGGUGCUCUGCCUGCGCCUCAUCAUCACCGCAGUGGCGGUGAGUCCGGGCGACCAGCUGCUGCAUCCAGAGAAGAAGAAGACCAGAGCGGAGCGGGAGGCGGAGGAGGACCAGCUGGACUCCGCCCCCCCGCCCGAGAUCAACGUGUGCCAGCAGCAGGCGUGUGAGAUCAUGGCGGAGCUGGUGGAGGGCCUUCAGAGCGUCUUCGCUCUCGGUCACCAUAGGAACACGGCCAUCCCCGCCUUCUUCACGCCCACCCUGAGGAACAUCAUCAUCAGUCUGUCCCGGCUGCCGCUGGUCAACAGCUACACCCGCGUGCCCCCGCUGGUGUGGAAGCUGGGCUGGUCUCCGCGCCCCGGGGGCGAGUUCGGCACCACGCUGCCGGAGAUCCCCCUGGACUUCCUGCAGGAGAAGGACGUCUUCAGGGAGUUCCUGUACCGCAUCAACACCCUGGGCUGGAGCAGCAGGACCCAGUUCGAGGAGACCUGGGCCACCCUGCUGGGGGUGCUGGUCACCCAACCAAUCACCAUGGACCAGGAGGAGGAGGUGCAGCAGGAGGAGGACCUGGAGCGGACCCAGCUCAACGUGCUGGCGGUGCAGGCCAUCACCAGCCUGGUUCUGAGCGCCAUGACGCUGCCCGCCGCCGGCAACCCGGCCGUCAGCUGCCUGGAGCAGCAGCCCCGCAACAAGAGCCUGAAGGCCCUGGACACGCGAUUUGGCAGGAAGUUGGCGGUGAUCCGGGGGGAAGUGGAGCGGGAGAUCCAGGCGCUGGUGUCCAAGAGGGACAACGUCCACACGCACCACCCCUACCACGCCUGGGACCCUGUGCCCUCGCUGUCAGCCGCCUCCGCCGCAGGGACUCUGAUCAGCCACGAGAAGCUGCUGCUGCAGAUCAACACGGAGAGAGAGAUGGGCAACAUGGACUACAAACUAGGACAGGUGUCGAUCCAUUCGGUCUGGCUCGGCAACAACAUUACACCCCUGAGGGAGGAAGAGUGGGGUGAGGAUGAAGAGGAUGAGACGGACACCCCAGCACCCUCCUCCCCACCAACCUCUCCCAUCAACUCCAGGAAGCACCGGGCCGGGGUGGACAUCCACUCCUGCUCCCAGUUCCUCCUGGACCUCUACAGCCAGUGGCUCAUCCCCGGGACCCCCAACACCAGGCGGACCCCCGUGGUGCUGAUCAGUGAGGUGGUCCGAUCGCUGCUGGCGGUGUCGGACCUGUUCACGGAGAGGAACCAGUUCGACAUGAUGUUCUCCACCCUGAUGGAGCUGCAGAAGCUUCACCCCAUGGAGGACGAGAUCCUCAACCAGUACCUGGUGCCCGCCAUCUGCAAGGCCGCGGCCGUGCUGGGCAUGGACAAGGCCAUCGCGGAGCCGGUGUGCCGGCUGCUGGAGACCACCCUGCGCAGCACCCACCUGCCCAGCAGGGUGGGGGCGCUCCACGGGGUGCUGUACGUCCUGGAGUGCGACCUGCUGGACGACACGGCCAAGACGCUCAUCCCCGUCGUCUCCGAGUACCUGCUGUCCAACCUGCGCGCUAUCGCCCACUGCGUGAACCUCCACAACCAGCAGCACGUGCUGGUGAUGUGCGCGGUGGCGUUCUACAUGAUGGAGAACUACCCCCUGGACGUGGGGGCCGAGUUCUCCGCCGGAGUCAUCCAGAUGUGCGGGGUGAUGGUGUCGGCCUCCGAGGACUGCACGCCCUCGGUCAUCUACCACUGCGUGCUGCGCGGCCUGGAGCGCCUGCUGCUGUCGGAGCAGCUGUCGCGCGUGGACGGCGAGGCGCUGGUGAAGCUCAGCGUGGACCGCGUCAACAUGCCCUCGCCCCACCGCGCCAUGGCCGCCCUGGGCCUCAUGCUCACCUGCAUGUACACCGCCGUGAUUGCGUCGGGGUCAGAGGUGACAGGGGUUAGAGGUCAGGUGGGCUCUGCGGUUGCGGAGGCUGUGGGCGUCACAGCGGGUCCUGUGGGUUUCUCCUCAGGCAAGGAGAAGGCCAGCCCCGCCGGACGCCCCGCCCACCCCGACCCCCAGGCCCCCGACAGCGAGUCGGUCAUCGUCGCCAUGGAGAGGGUCUCCGUGCUCUUCGACAGGAUCCGUAAGGGCCUUCCCAGCGAGGCGCGCGUGGUGGCCCGGAUCCUGCCCCAGUUCCUGGACGACUUCUUCCCGCCGCAGGACAUCAUGAACAAGGUCAUCGGGGAGUUCCUGUCCAACCAGCAGCCGUACCCCCAGUUCAUGGCUACUGUCGUCUUCAAGGUGUUCCAGACGCUCCACGCCACGGGGCAGUCCUCCAUGGUGCGCGACUGGGUGCUGCUGUCACUCUCCAACUUCACCCAGCGCUCCCCCGUCGCCAUGGCGAUGUGGAGCCUCUCCUGCUUCUUCGUGUCGGCCUCCACCUCCCAGUGGAUCUCCGCCCUACUGCCCCACGUGAUCAGCAGGAUGGGCAGCAGCGAGGUGGUGGAUGUGAACCUCUUCUGCCUGGUGGCCAUGGACUUCUACCGGCACCAGAUCGACGAGGAGCUGGACCGACGCGCCUUCCAGUCGGUGUUCGAGACCGUGGCCUCCCCGGGCACCUCCUACCACCAGCUGCUGGGGUGCCUGCAGUCCAUCCACCAUGACACCUCCCUCUGAGGGGGGAGGAGGAGAGGGGGAGGAGGAG